AUGGUCCUCAUCAUCAUCAAAGAUAACGAUUUUUCGAAAAGAAACAAUGCGACCAAUUACAAGCCCAAUAUUCACAAAGAAAAAAUUUCUUUGACACCAAAACUCCUCUCCAUUAGCAAUCCUUUCAAAAUUAAAAAUAAUAAUAGUAAUAAUAAUAAUAACAUAAUUAAUAAUAAUAACAACAUAAUUAAUAAUAAUAUAAAUAAUAAUAACGAGAGUAAUGUAUAUUAUGAUGGGGAUGAUGAUGUUGAUGACCAUAAAAAUUUGCCUGACUAUCCCGACCUUUGGUCGUUGGCAUUGUCCGGAGCAAGAUUUGUUGGAAAUUACGAAAGUGUAAUUUUUAACGACGAGUUUGUUGAUUUGUCUUCCUUGAACGGCAACAACAACAACAACAUCAACAACAUUGAUUUCGGCUCUAACAUUAAUGACAUCAACCUUGACAAUAACCACUACAUCAACAGUUACUACAACAACAAUUUUACGAUACCUUACGACAAAGAUUGUAAUAUGGCGUUCUGUUUGAAUGGCGGGAAAGUUGUCGGCCAUUUUGUAGGAAGUGGAUGCAUGUGCAACUGCCUGGCUACAAACUACCAUGGCAAUCGCUGUCAUCUUGGUUUGUGA